AUGAAGGAGACACAGACGCCGACGGCGCAGAUCCAGGUGCGGAACAACCGGGCGAACCGGCUGCUUUCGUACUGCUACACGCUGGUGGCGACGCCGUUCCUGCUCUCGCGCUUUGCGCUCGACGUGGUGCUGUAUCUGGUGCCGUGGAUGCGGCCGGCCAGGGAGUGGACGCUCAACCAGGCGGUGCGCGUGCGCGUCGUCCGCCUCGUCCUGCUCUACUGGUCCCUCCUGCGCUGGGGGGACCGCCUGCACCUGCGACCGGGCCGAGAGGGGAACCGGUUCGAGGAGAAGCCGGAGGACUACGACUACUACUACUACCGGGGCGACCUCGCCGUCACCACCACCACCGCCGCAGAAGACGACGACGACGACGACGCCGUGCGGCCCGAGCCCAUCGGGGCGACCUGGACGCCGGCGCGGCCGCCCCCGCCGGCGCUGGUGCGGCCGGGGCUGGUGGUGGCGCUGCACUUCCACGGGGGCGGCUUCGCGGUCGGCAACGGGCGCGACGCGGACGCGGGCUUCGCGGCGCAGACGCUGAUCCGGCACAUGGGGUGCACGCACGUGUGCGCGCCGCAGUACCGGCUGGCCAGCAGCGGCAGCGGCAACGGGCGGUUCCCCGCGCCGGUGCAGGACGCGCUGACGGCGUACCUGUUCCUGGUGCGGGAGCGGGGGAUCCCCGGGCGGCAGAUCGUGGUGUCGGGCGACUCGGCGGGAGGCACGAUCGCGCUCGGGCUGGUGCGCUACAUCGCCGAGCACGGGGCGGCGCUGGGCAUCCCGCGCCCCGGCGCCGUCGCCCUCUGGUCGCCCUGGGUCGACGUCGCGGCGGCCCUGCAGCACGACAUGCGCGCCUCGCCCAACUACCGCACCGACUACCUCAACAACGAGUUUGGCCGCUGGGGCGCCGCCGCCGUCUCGGGCUACGGCGCCGUCGACCCGUCCGGGCCCUACCUGGCGCCGCUGCACCACCCGUUCCGGCUGGGAGAAGAAGAAGAGGAAGAGGCGCGGCCGCCGCCCAUGUUCAUCCACGGCGGCGACCGCGAGGUGCUCUGGGACGAUAUCGAGCUGCUCGCCCGGCGUUACGCCGACGCGGGCUGGACGGUGCACCUGCACCGGUCCCGGCACUGCCCGCACGACCUCAUCCUGCUCGGCCCCCGCAUCGGCUUCGCCGCCGAGGCCGAGGAGGCCGCCAGGGCGGCACGCACCUUUUUCCUGGCCUCGACCGAUCUCAAGCUGAGAGAGAGAGUGUGUGUGUGUGUUUGCAUGCCCGCAAUGGCCAACGGCACCCCCGCGGGUCCGGGACGGCCGGAUGACGACGGCUUGUCCUUCGACGUCCUCAUCGUCGGAGCCGGCAUCUCGGGCAUCAACGCGGCGUACCGCAUCCAGACCGAGGGCCCGGCCGAUACCACCUACGCCAUCCUCGAGGGGCGGGACUCGCUCGGGGGUACCUGGGACCUGUUCCGCUACCCCGGCAUCCGGUCCGACUCGGACAUCUACACCUUCGGCUUCCCCUGGAGCCCCUGGAGGCACGACACGGCGCUGGCCUCGGGCGACCAGAUCAAGGCCUACUUGGCCCAGUCGGCCCGCUCGCAGGGCAUCGACCAGCACAUCCUCUACCGCCACCGGGUCGUGUCGGCCGACUGGAGCUCGGCCGGGAAGGAGUGGGACCUCCGCGUUGUCGUGGACGGGCGGGAAGACCAGCCGCCGGCCGUCUUCCGGGCCCGCUUCCUGCUGCUGGGCACGGGCUACUACGACUACGAGAAGCCGCUCGAGGCCGCCAUCCCGGGCAUCGAGACCUUCGCCGGCAAGGUGAUCCACCCGCAGUUCUGGCCCGAGGACUACGACUACACCGACAAGGAGGUCGUCAUCAUCGGCAGCGGCGCCACCGCCGUCACCGUCCUGCCCGCCAUGGCCGAGCGCGCCCGCCGCGUCACCAUGCUGCAGCGCAGCCCGGGCUACGUCUUCUCCCUGCCCUCCCGCGGCCUCCUGACCGCCCUGCUCUUCGCCGUCCUGCCCGCCGCCGCCGCCCACUACCUCUGCCGCCUCCUCUGGCUCGUCCGCAGCCACCUGACGACCGCCUUCUGCCGCGCCUGGCCCGCGCUGGCCAAGCGCGUCAUCAAGCGCGCCACCCUCCGCCAGCUGCCCCCGACGAUCCCGUGGGACCCGCACUUCCGGCCCCGGUACAACCCGUGGGAGCAGCGGUUCUGCGCCUGCGUCGACGGCGACUUCUUCGCCGCCCUGCGCUCGGGCAAGGCCGACGUGGUCACCGACACGAUCCGGACGGUGACGCCCGACUCGAUCGAGCUCGGCUCGGGCCGGGCGCUGCACCCGGACGUGAUCGUGACGGCGACGGGGCUCAAGCUGCGCUUCGGCGGCGGGAUCGACUUCCGCGUCGACGGCGAGCCCUUCCGCUGGCGCGACAAGUUCGCCUGGCGCUCCGCCAUGCUGCAGGACGUGCCCAACCUGCUCUUCCUGACCGGCUACGAGACCGCCUCGUGGACCCUCGGCGCCGACGUCAGCGCCCGCCUCUUCGUCCGCAUCCUCCGCCGCCUCCGCCACCGCCGCGCCGCCGCCGUCGUCCCCCGCCCCGCCCGCCCGGACAUGCCCGAGCGCCCCAUGAUGAGCCUCACCUCGACCUACCUCCGCACCGCCCGCGACGUCCUCCCCAAGGGCGGCACCGGCGUCUGGGCCCCCAAGACCAACUACUUUGCCGACAUGGCCAGGGCCAGGUGGGGGGACCUGUCCAAGGACUUGGAGUUUAUCAUGUAG